AUGAGAAGAGUGGCAAACAGUGUUAAUGUAGUUGGAGACCAUGAUUCUAAGUGGGUUCGAUCAAUAUUGGAAGAAGUGGGGGGUGCAAGUGACGGUUCAUGGAACUUGUUGCCAUAUUUAUUUGCGACAUUUAUGACAUCUACCAUCUGGAACACUACUGCCUUCAAUGUUGACACUGGAGGAUUCAGCAACAAUGUUCACUGCUUGGCAAGGUCUAAUUUGGUUGCAAAGCUGAUCUUCCUCGAUCAAUUAUGUGAGCUCUUUCCCUACCUACCGAGAAUCUUACUGGAAUCUCAUGUACCUUAUGCCAUCCUUCGUGCAGUAUACAGUCAGUACUAUUUGAAUUCUUCGACUCCACUGGCAUUAUCUAAUUCAUCCCCCCGAUACUCUCCUGCCAUGUCACUAGUACAUGCUUCUCCUGCAUCGAAGCAGCCUUAUGGAGAUUCUACUCCACAGUCGAGUGUAAAUGAUUUGGGUUAUUUUAAGGCUUCAUCCACUCGUGGUCAAGAUCAGUAUGAUACUGAAAAUGGUAGCACAAGGAGUACAGACAUCAAACAUCGCAAUGCUAGGCGAUCUGGGCCCUUAGAUUAUAGCUCGAGUCACAAGACAAAAUUUGUCGCAGGCUCAACAUGCAAGCAGCACGGGACCUAG